CCAGAGGAUCCAGCACCUCAAGAUACACGUAUCGCAUCAACUAUGGCCAUGGGAGCAGAUGUCCAUACAAACUAUAUAACUAGUACUCUCCUUCGAUCAACGCAGGCCAGCUCAGUCCUUACUCUCACGCCUAGCACAAAGCCUAUAUCUAUCGACCACACCUCACUACUACACAAAACGCAUAGAACCAUGUCGUCAAGCUCUACGCGGCCUGAGCCAAAAGCAGAAAGAAAGAGGCCUCCCCGCAGACGGCUGCCGCCUCUACCUCCAGGGCCAAAGUUACAGUUCGUCGUUGCGAAUCGCCCGGAAGACUUCAGAUCAAAUGCCACCAUGAGAAACGUUCGAUCUCAUGUCAUGUAUAAACACCGGACGGUGUCUCCUAGCAACAGCGUCAGAAGUGUAGAGCAGCGGAUCAAACGCAAUCCAGAAACACGAACACCCAGCCCGACAGCAACAGCCAUGUCUGAUGGGAUCAUCGAAGACUUCAACUAUGUUUUACCUCCAGGGAAUUCCCACGAUGAAAUGGAAAACCCAGGGUCGCUGUACCACUCCUCACUACAUACCUCCUCAGACGGACUUUCACGGGACCUCACUUCCAAGAUUAUUGCCAGCCUUACAGAGGAGCCUACACGAAGCGCACCUGCAACAUUAGACUACGGCACAGAAUUCCCGUUUUCAUCUGGUAUUGAGCUCAUGAAUCGAGAAAGUCUUCGGGACCUACGUGAUCAGUACAUCUACCAUGUAGUGCAAUCCUCUACCCAGGGAAAUCCGGAGGCCAGCAGUUAUGGAACGACAUGGGUAAAACUGAUUUGCAGCAACCACAUGAGCUUCUUGAGCCAUGUGAGUAUUGUGUGCGCGUAUCAGGAUGUUAUGGAUGGGUUCCUGACCGACACAGCACUUACACAAUGUGCCAAAGCGAAGGUCCUCAGCAUGAUCACAGAGAGCAUGGUAACCAGAAAAGCCCAGACAGACGACUUCACCAUCAUGAGCAUAGUGAACCUUCUAGUCAGUCAUAUCGGAGAUCGCGAUGAACGGGUUAUCGAUGUGCACCAAGAAGGUCUGGCGCGAAUCGUGCAGGAACGAGGAGGGUUGCUUUGCUUGGGGCUUGAUGGUCGCGUUGCUACUUGCUUGACAGUCGUUCUUCUCAUCUUCACUGUGCUCCGAGGUUUAUCUGAGCCUGCAAUGCUCGUGGGAUUCCCCCCUGCUCUUCGAGUAACAGAAAACGAGGGAUUUAGAUGCAUUUCGCCACUGUAUGCACCCCAAGGGGACCUCACUUCCCUCUACGGCAGUUGUUCCAGCAGAACGUAUGACUUGAUAUCCGAUAUGCACAACGCCACCCGCAUUUUCAUCGCACGAUGGGACUGCACGAGCGAUGCGCUAUCCUCCAUCCCACAGCACCAACUGAUGGGUUGGGAUAUGUACAUGGAGCAAACUUACUCCAAGGUCGUCAACCUUCCCUCGAGUGCCGGCGAAGCCAUUCCCGAUUGGGUCUACGAAAGUUGUCGUCUGGCUGCGCUGAUAUACUGCGGCUGCAUGAUCCGAGGAGUCUCUCUGUCAGAAGCAUCAGAGGCUACAGAUCCGCAGCAACCAGACUCAGGUACCAGCUCCACAACUAUUCUCACGGCUUUGCAAAAUGCUCUGAGACAGACCAAUCCUGGGGCAUGCUGGGGCAACAUGGGCGGCGCUCUCCUGUGGAUAUGUCUUGUCGGUGGGCGUGCGGCGUGGCCUAGUGCCGCUUGGACUCGGAAAUUCUUUGCGCUGCAUGCUGUUCGAGUAUCGCACGCACUCUGCUGCCCAGACAGCGCAGCGGUGAUCGAGACACAAAGGACUAUGCUGAAAGUUCAGGCGCUGGUUGGUGCCAGAAGAACAUUAUCACCUCCUUUAGUCUGACCUAAUUCCUCCAGCAUCCCAUCAUGGUUCCCUGUGUCGCCCAUACUUCGCUUCACUUCAAUUGUCUUCUCUUCUCUUGUUCUUGCUUCUGCAUUCUCCGUCCUGCCCGCUUUCAGCUUUAGCCAGAAGUGGUGUGCUGGAAGCUAGUCUUCCGUGUGUCGCGGAAAUUCCAAUUCUUUGCUGCGUUCUUACAUAUGUACGAUUCCCUUCAUGUCAGACAUUUCGCUCACACUGGUUUAUGUCGUUGUCCUCGUCCUCCCUUUGUCUAUCUUCCGCUGUU